UUUCAUUCUUUCUUUCUUUGGUUUUAUAUAAUCUGUCCCUCAUGAUAAUCAUCAUUGUUCCACCUCCUCCACUCCCCACCCCACCCAUCAAACUCCGAUCUUUCUCCCCUCCCUCGUCUCAUCCACCGCUCCUCAUCCUCCUCCUUUUCCUCCUCUUGAAUUAACUAUUAUGUUGUACCAAUAAUUACAAAUAAAAUCAUGUUAUUGGUAUUGUUAUAAUUUCUCGCCCCAGCUUCACUUCUCCCAAUUAUCCCCCCUUCAAUUUUCCACUUCUGAUCGAUCAUACAUACAUACAUACAUACACCACCAUCACUUAAUCUAUCCGGUAGCUUAGCUAUAUCGGUCCUAUAACAGCUCCCCACCACUACAAUGUUGUCGGUGGCUGCCGUCGAUACUCAAAAUCCUGACCUUUCCUCCUCCUCCUCCUCAUCUUCUGUAGACCAUACGUCGAAAGCCGAUCAUGUUUUUGUUUCCAAACUCCCUUCCAUACCAAUUCCCAAUCACCUCCCUUUGCACACCUACUGUUUCCAGAACGUGCCCCAACACCCCGACCGGACAUGUCUUAUGGUGGGCAGCACCGGAAAAUCCUACACCUUCGCUGAAACCCACCUCACCUGUCGCAAGGUCGCCGCCGGCCUGUCCAACCUCGGGAUUCAGAAGGGCGACGUCGUGAUGACCCUCCUCCAGAACUGCGCUGAAUUCGUUUUCACUUUCAUGGGCGCUUCCAUGAUCGGCGCCGUUACUACCACCGCAAACCCCUUCUGCACUGCCAAGGAAAUCUUCAAGCAGCUGAACGCCUCUAAAUCCAAGCUGAUCAUCACGCAAGCCCAAUACGUGGACAAACUCCGCGAUCCAGCAGCAGCAGCUGCGAGCGACGAUUCCCUUGUUUUCGGGGAGUCUUUCUCGGUCAUCACCAUCGACAGCCCUCCCCAAGGGUGCUUGCACUUCUCAGCGCUCUCCGAAGCGGACGAGAGCGAGGCACCGGCUGCGGACAUCGAUCCGGACGAUGCCGUUGCGCUGCCCUUCUCUUCGGGCACCACUGGAUUGCCCAAAGGCGUGAUCCUGACCCACAGGAGCCUGAUCACGAGCGUGGCCCAGCAGGUGGACGGGGACAACCCCAAUUUGUACUUGAAGGCGGACGACGUCGUGCUCUGCGUCCUGCCCCUGUUUCACAUCUAUUCGUUGAAUUCGGUGUUGCUGUGCUCCUUGAGAGCUGGGGCGGGGGUCCUGCUGAUGCAGAAGUUCGAGAUUCGUGCGCUGCUGGAGCUGAUACAGCGGCACCGGGUCACGGUGGCCGCGGUGGUGCCGCCGCUGGUGUUGGCGCUGGCAAAGAAUCCGAUGGUGGAUGAGUUUGAUCUGAGCACGAUACGGAUGGUGCUUUCGGGGGCGGCGCCGCUGGGGAAGGAGCUGGAGGCGGCGCUUUUGGGGCGAGUGCCGCAGGCGAUCUUUGGACAGGGGUAUGGGAUGACCGAGGCCGGUCCAGUGCUGUCAAUGUCUCCGGGUUUCGCCAAGCAGCCAUUGCCAACGAAAUCGGGUUCGUGUGGGAAUGUGGUUCGGAACGCAGAGCUGAAGGUGGUGGAGCCAGAGAGCGGGCAGUCCCUCCCACGCAACUACACCGGAGAGAUCUGUAUACGCGGACCCCAGAUCAUGAAGGGGUACUUAAAUGACGCUGAGGCCACUGCCAGGACCAUAGAUGUGGAUGGCUGGCUCCACACAGGCGACAUUGGCUAUGUGGACGAUGAUGACGAUGUCUUCAUUGUUGACAGAGUGAAAGAACUCAUUAAAUUCAAAGGCUUUCAGGUACCACCCGCCGAGUUGGAAGCUCUUCUUGUGAACCACCCUGGUAUUGCAGAUGCAGCUGUAGUUCCGCAAAAGGAUGAGGCAGCUGGGGAAGUGCCAGUGGCAUUCGUAGUUCGGGCGCCAUCCUCAUCUUCAGCAGCAGAAGUGACGGAAGAAGGGGUGAAAGAAUUCAUAUCGAAACAGGUGGUGUUCUACAAGAGACUGCACAAAGUUUACUUCGUGCAUGCCAUCCCCAAGUCUCCAGCCGGCAAAAUCCUGAGGAAAGAUCUCAGGGCCAAGCUUGCUGCUGCAGCUGCAACAACAACAACAUCCACAGCGGCCGGCACUUAGUUGCACACUACACUACACAUAUAUCCAUCCGCGCAGAUGUCCGUCCGUCCGUCCGUCUGUUUACUUGUUAAUUUUCAUUCUACUUUCUUCCAGUUAUGAUUUAUGAUUUCUCCUGCUGCAUGUGCCUGCCUACCUUGCUCUUCUCCAACUCUCAAGUACAAGCCCGAUUCACCCACCCUUAUCGAUCUUUCUCUCCACUCUGUUUUUCUUUUUUCUUGUUUCAGAUCCCCUCCCCUCUCAUUUUGCGCACCGCAGGCCAUCUUUGUUGUCUUCGUCCAACUGUUUUUAUAUCCGAUAUUGUAUCAUGUGUAUCUGCUGAGAUUCUUUCCCAAUAAUCUAGAAUCUAUAUCAAUUUGCUUUUGCCA